ACAUCACUCCAGACUAGGGGUCGAGUGUAGUGAGCAUGUAUUUAUUAACACAUCUCCAGUGUGCACCCUGAGCCGGUCGGUUGCACACAGUCGGUGUGGGGUGUCGAUGUUUUAUCAUUGUGCUUUACUUUCACGGAAAUAUUAUGUCGCGAACGACCCGUCGGUUUUGAUGUCUCUGCGACUGCAGCCUUGAGAGGGGAAAGUGGUGAAGAUGCUCUGUGGGGUUUAAUAGAGAGCAGCAUGGACGAGGCUGCCAGCCAACUGGAGAGAGACCAUGUUCACAGCGUGUACGAGAGGAUCGCACCCUACUUCAACGACAGCCGCUACAAAGCUUGGCCCAAGGUCAAACAGUUCCUGUUAGAGCAGGAGCCCGGCAGCAUCGUGGCUGACGUUGGAUGUGGAAAUGGCAAAUAUCUGCACAUCAAUGAGGAAAUCUUCAAGUUGGGCUGUGACGUGUGUCGUCCGUUGGUGGACUGUGCGUGGAGUCAAGGUCACGAGGUGCAGCUCUGCGAUGGCCUGCGUUUACCCUACAGAGAUGGCUGUUUUGACGCAGUGCUCUCCAUUGCAGUCAUCCACCACAUGUCCACCAAAGAACGGCGCAUCCGAGCAAUUAAAGAGAUGGCACGCACCCUGCGUUUGGGAGGGCGGAUCAUGAUUUACGUUUGGGCCAUGGAGCAGAAGAGACGCAAGUUUGAGAAGCAGGACAUCUUCGUUCCCUGGAACCCCAAUCCCCCUUCAUCUCCUGCCCUCAGAGUAGCCGGCCGAACCCGACAGCGAGGCACCGGAACCCAAAGCAUCAGCGACGACGACGCUUCCAGCGACAAGCACAGGAAAGUGAAAAGCACAUCCUCCAUGGUGGAUGAGGGCGACUUGAUCAGCCCCAGUCAGCCGAAACAACAGAGGCUUUGGUUCUUCUCCAGAUCUUUGGAUUCAGUGCUGGACUUCGGCAGCCUGACCAUGUCCCGCUCCUCUUCCAGCUCUUUACAAACUCCUGUCGAUGAAGCGACAGAAAGCAGAAGCCGACGAGCUAGUAGAGGCCUCAUCAGGCAGAUGUCCAGCCUCUUUUCAUCCUCUUCCAGAACCAGUCUAGAAGAAGACGUCUUCAUCUCAGAACCUCAUGAACAGGUCCAUAAAUUCGACAACAGAAGUGCUGGGAAUGGAAAUGAGACUGUUCCUGUGGAGCUUGUCCAUGAUUGUUCCUCAGUUCCACUGCCCGACUUGGUGUCCUACCAGAGGGAUCAGUCGAAUCUUGAAGGACACGAGGAUGGAAAAUCAAGCCUACAAGAGCCCUUGCAGAGGCAGGAAAGCUCAGCUUCUCUUCUGGAAACUGAGGGGAUGAAUGGACGGAGCAGCGAACAGAUGAAGGACUCUUGUCUGCGGUACUACCACGUAUUCAGGGAAGGAGAACUGACGCAGUUGAUCCAAAACCACGUUGAUGACCUCCAUGUUCUGCACACUUACUUGGACCACGCCAAUUGGUGCGUGGUGGCUGAGAAGGUCCAAGUCUGGAAGGUUUAAAUCUCAUUUUAUACAUGUAUUUUAAAUUAUAAUACCCGUUUUGAUGUCUUUUAACGUUUUAGUUUGAGAUUUUAAGUAUUGGGACCAGAGAGCUAAUAUUAAGCAUUAGCUGUUCAGUAUCAAUGGCAAUAACAAGCGAGGUAUUGAUGCUCUUACGAGACCAGUGUUGGUCCAAAUUGUAACACUGAGGCUAGUCGUACUAUGAAAACUGCUAUAUUAAAUUUAGCAUUAGCCUAGUUUUGUUGCAUUCAUUUUAAAGUUACAAAUAAUCGACUUGCACUGAUUUUAAUGGUGUAUCACUGUUAACUGUCUUAAGCAAUGCCUGCCUGAAACAGAAAGCAUAGCACAUCAUUUUUUCUGAACCAAACAAUGUGAGCACAUAACUAGAGUUUUCUUAUGAACACUCUUCGUUGGUUUGUCUGUGUAGGUGUUGUUGUGAUGUUAGUAUUACCAUAAAGCAGUUGUGUUUUAGUCUGAAGCUUUUAAACAAGAUUUUGGCUGCUUGUUAAUUGACUGCACAUGAAUUCCCAUCUUGAAAACUUGAACAAUUGAAACAUGUUUGUGCCGUGUUGUUGUGAAUUGUGUGUUUGUAUUUGUGUAACUUAAUCAUGUUAUUGUCACAACAAAGGUCUUUAAUUUUCCUUUAAACUUGAACCAUUUUUAUGUGUAUUUUUGACUUAAAUAUAAUAAAUGCAGAAUAUUUUGUUUUUAUCUGA